AUGAAAUUUCUUAUUGUCCUCUGCGCUCUGGUCGCCGUCGCCUCGGCAGCCGCCGUAUGCAAGGAGUGCAAGUGGCUUGCACAGAAGGUAAAGAACGGAAACCCGAAAAGCCACGGCGAAUGCACGAACGCUUUUAACGACGGGACAACCGAGGCGUGCAAAGAUUGGUUUUGGAGCUUCCCCUGCAUUCAGGCGCUCAAGGCGGUUGACAACAUCGUCUGCGAGGAUCUGAUGCGCAACAAGACGGCGCACGAGUCCUGCGAGGGCAACUUGUUCUGC